AUGCUGCUACCCCAGAUUCCAGGCCCGCAUGAGUUCUUGAGGGAGACCAGCUGGUUAGCUGGUUUGCGCGACCCGAAUUUGGCGCGUGUGGUUGGAUUCUGUAGCCAAGACGAACCCAUGUGUGCCCUGAUGGAACACUCAGAACCUGGAGAUCUGCCCAGGUUCCUUGCACAAAGAGCGUUCAGUGAAGAUGGCAGUUCGGUAGUAGGACCGUCCAUAAGGUGA